CCCCCAGGCCGCCCGCCACCCGUCCCGAGGCCCGCGCCCCGCCAUGUCGUCGGCCGCCCGCUUCGACGCGUCGGACCGCUCGGCCUGGUACGCGGGCCCGCUGUCGAGGGCGGAGGCGCAGUCGCGGCUGCAGGGCCAGCGCCACGGCACCUUCCUGGUGCGCGACUCGUCCACCUGCCCGGGCGACUACGUGCUGUCGGUGUCGGAGAACUCGCGCGUCUCGCACUACAUCAUCAACUCGCUGCCCGGGCGGCGCUUCAAGAUCGGCGACCAGGAGUUCGAGCACCUGCCGGCGCUCCUCGAGUUCUACAAGAUCCACUACCUGGACACCACCACCCUCAUCGAGCCCGCGCCCAGGUAUCCAGCUCCACUAAUGGGAUCUGGAUCAGCCCCCACUGUGCCUUCUGCAGAGGAGAAUAUGGAAUAUGUUCGGACUCUUUAUGACUUCCCUGGUAAUGAUGCAGAGGAUUUGCCAUUUAAAAAGGGGGAGAUACUGGUCAUUGUAGACAAGCCUGAAGAACAGUGGUGGAGUGCUCGAAACAAAGAUGGCCGUGCUGGGAUGAUCCCUGUUCCUUAUGUUGAGAAGUUUGUGAGAUCCUCCCCGCAUGGGAACAGGAAUUCCAACAGCUAUGGGAUUCCUGAACCUGCCCAUGCUUAUGCUCAGCCUCAGACCACAAAUCCUCUUCCCAAUGUAUCUAGCGCUCCUGGGGCAGUGAUCAACCCACUUCCAUCGACACAGAAUGGACCAGUCUAUGCCAAAGCGAUUCAGAAGAGAGUUCCAUGUGCUUAUGACAAGACUGCCUUGGCAUUAGAGGUAGGUGAUAUUGUGAAGGUCACAAGGAUGAAUAUAAAUGGUCAGUGGGAAGGUGAAGUCAACGGUCGGAAAGGUCUCUUCCCUUUCACACAUGUCAAAAUAAUUGACCCUCAGAAUCCAGAUGAAAAUGAGUGAUUUGCAUUGGCCUGUUUCUGUAUUGCUGCUUCAUUUUCCUGGCUAUCACGAGCAUCGUUUGAAGUGGGAUGAUGACUGUUAAUGGUGUGUGGUAAGCAUAGCCAGUUGCUUAUUUCCCGGUUGUAAUGAUUUGACGGCCCUGUCGUUUGUUUGGGAUGCAUACAACUGAAGUUGCUUGUUGGUGCUCACAUGGACAGUUGCAUCAUUCAAAAUUUAGUCACUCCUAAAAGGAUUUUGGACCUUAAGCUGCAGAAGAUAGAUGGU